UCUCAUAUCCCAUCUUAAAGGUAUUCUGCGCUCUCGCCGCUGCCCGAUGAUACGAUAACAGCAUGCGAGGAGAUGGUUAGUCCACGAUUGAUAAAAUCUCAUUUGCCGGCUCAAUUGUUGCCACAGCAGGUCUGGCAGCAGGGCCGUAAAAUAAUCUAUGUGGCUCGCAAUCCCAAGGAUGUUGUGGUUUCCUCGUACCAUUUUUUAAAAGACACUCUACUGUGGGAGGGCGAUUUGAAUACAUUUGUCAACGAGUUUAUGAAGGAUCAGAUAUUAUUCACCUCCUUCUGGUCACAUAUUGUAGAUUUUUUGAGAAUGCGCAACGAACCCAAUAUUUUCUUUGUUACCUAUGAGGAAAUGAAGCGGGACUUAAGAUCUGUCAUUAAGAGACUAUGCAAGUUUUUAUCUGUGGAUGAUGUAAAAGAUAAUCAAAUGGAACAAUUGCUGCAGCAUUUAUCAUUUGACAAUAUGAAAGGCAACAAAUACAGCAAUCUGACGGGCUUUUUCAAACAAAUUCAAAAUACUACCAAGGACUUUGAAUUCAUGCGUCGUGGAGUUGUUGGUUCCUACAACGAUGAGCUGAGUGCCUUACAAAAGCAAAAACUAGAUAAAUGGUCCAGCGAUUUUUUGAAGGCAUACGAUAUUAGGGAGUCGGAUAUAUUUGGCGAUCUAUAA